AUGCCACGUGGCAGACGAGGUGUAGUUCGGGGUGCUGGUCGUGGUGCUGGCCGUGCUGCAGGCCGUGGUAGAGGCCGUGUCAACGGUGGACAAGCUGUUAGGCAGCCAGAACAGGAAAACCGUCCAAACACCAGGGGACAAAAGAGGAACGCCGACGAAUUAGAGCCGGAGGUGCCGGAAUUACAAGCUGAGGGUCCCCAGGCUGACAUUGACGGCGGUGGCAACGUCUUACUUCAGGAAGACGCCGACAUCUGGGUGUUAGGGGACUCGAUACCUUAUUGGGCCGGUGAAAGAGCGAAACAGACAGGGAAGGAGCAUCUGUCUUUACCGAAUACGACAAUAGCAUGGUGGGCAGUCAGGGGGUUGGGCUGGUCAACCUUCCGCCAUUCAAUUGAGACCCAGGUAUUAUUAUGCAAUCCACCUAGAAUAAUUGCGAUAAAUUUGGGAGGCAACGAUUUAGUUUCGCUAUCACUCCUGAAUGUAAAGACGGAAAUUGAGGCAGAAAUUGCAUAUCUGCGUGACGCUUUCCCGGGUGCCCUGAUCAUUUGGAUAGACAUCUUACCCAGGAGAGUCUGGAGAGGGGCAUCUGGGUUGAAAGCAAUCGACGAUAAACGCAAACGCGUAAACAGAGUUGGCCGCCAGACAGUUCGAAAGUCGGGCAGGAGUGACGUCAUUUCGCCGGACAUAGAUGCUGAAACAAAUUUCUUCCGGAAUGACGGCAUUCACUUAAAUGAAGUUGGGUGCGAAUUUUAUUUGGACUACUUAAAAGAUGCCAUUAUUCGUAAUUUGUAAAGUAUUAUAGAAUUUUUGGGGGAUAAAUUUGAAGUUAAAUUUAUUGUGGCGAAAAAAUUCUAUCGGCCGGAAGGUGAUCGGGCGUCGGUUAUUACAAAUUAACUUUUUAUAUCGUUUUACAUCAUUUCUGUUUGGCGACAUUUGUUAAUUAUCCGAUUAUGGACUUCCUUUCUUUCGCCGUUGGUAUUCAGUUACUUUCCCGGCGGGAGAUGGGUGUCUAUGGUCGGAGAAUUACGUCAAUUGCAAUGCAUUUGGUUUGCAUGUUACAGUGGUUCACUCUGGCGGUGGUUGACUGGAGUUGCUUCUAGUCUGUUGCAUUUGCUGCUUUGCGUUGCUGUUUUGCGUUCAGUAUCAGUUACUUGCUUCGCUGACCGUUAAUUGUAUAUGAUGCCGUUUAUCACUUUAAUCGUAAUUGACUCGUGUUGCUUCGGGUCACUAGGUCUGGCCCUUAUAGUACUUGGUAAGACCUAGCUAGCUUUGCUGUUUUGCAUAAGGCAUCGGUAUAGCGCAUAUUACCAUACUGGCACCACUGAUCCGGUUGUGUGAUUGUUGUUCCUUUCUUCUUUAUGUUGGUAGUGGUCUCCAUUACAUCCCGUAGAGAGGAGAGGCCUGCAAUUACACAAUUGGUUGGACUCUUCUGGUAAGGCGCUGGUGUGUCUUGGUUGCCAUUAACCACAAUGGUAUCAGUUGGCUUGAGUUGCUUCAAGCCCUUGAAUUGCAUUACAUUUUAAAGAUUUUUUCUUAAUGGUGUUGAUUUGCCGGAGACGCCCGGUCUCCUUUCGGUCGAUGAAACCUAUCCGUCGGUAGGAGCUUUAACCACUAUCGACUGACAUUCUCGAGCAGCCAUUAUAUAUGCCAACCUUUUUCUUUAUAUUAUGUGAAAUACAAAUCAUCUUCUAUUUCCAAUCAUCUUCUAUAUUAUAUGAAAUAAAUAUGUUAUCAUUAUUAGAUCAAUAAUAAUUAUUGAGAAUGUUACACGUGUUUAUCUUUAUUUCGAGUAAUCUU